AAUUUCACCAAUUUACUGUUAAAUUAACUGUUAUUUUGAGGAUUAGCCACUAUCGCUAUGGCAGUGUCGGGUGAGACGGUUGGGUUGGCUGGAGGGGGAGGAGCAGCAGGAGCAGCAGGAGGAGUCGGCAAACUUGCACCGGAGGCCUUUGCCUGGCAGCACAUCGACUGGCCGCCCUGCGUGCAGGCGCCACUCUUCAUGGACUGGGGCAAGUACUACAGCCGGCGCCUGCUCAACAGCAAGGCCAUCGAGUGCUACGGCCGCGCCCUGGCCGUCUGCAAGGAGGAGCCACAGAAGCAGAAACGUUCCUGCAAGUAUCCAAGCCCCGAGAUGCCCGCAUCCAUACGAAACUGCACGAUCGAGCAGGGAGUCUGCCGGAAUGAUUACACGGCCCUGUUCCAUCGCAGCCUGUGCCAGCGAUCCAUUGCCCAGUCGGAGAGAGCCUUCGAGGACGCUACUCGGGCCAAGGACAUGAUGUGGCUGGCCCAGAAGCAGGUGGACAACAACGUGGUGGGCUCCGCUGACGUCCUCAUUGCGGAGUGCGACGCCCUCUUCGACUGCAACGAAUUCGAAGAAACCCUCCGGACGUUGCACACGGAGGCACGCUUCUACAAUCCCGCCAGCCAGAUGCAACGUCGCUUUGACGUUCGCAAGAAGAAGAUUACGGGCGUGUUCGAGGACACCGUUGGCGCCACGCUCGGACCAUUCUUGCAGCAGAAUAGCGCCGCCAUCGAUGAGGUCCUGCGGCGUCGGCAGGAGCUAGCCGCCUUUGUGCCCCGUCCGCUGUGGAAGAAGCUGAAGGAGCAGCAACAAUGCGACGUCCAGAGCGUCCUCGAGAGGAAGAUAGAAACGCUGACCUCCCUGGAGCGGGCUCGGCGGCGGGCCAGCAAGAGCUUCUACAACCACCAGUACCUGGGCAGGAGUGCCGUGGACGUGGCCCUGCUGCAGCAGCUGCGCAGCAAUCAGAUCUUUCUGAACCCGCUGAUGCACGGCACCACCCCCUAUCUGCGGCAGCUCAGUGGCGAGCAGUAUGGGAUCGUCCGGAAGUUCAUGAAAAUGAUGCACGCCCGCAAUCCGCUGUACAACAGCAAGACGGCGAAAUGCCAGAGCACGAGCGAGAGGUGCGAGAGGAGCCGCGAGAGGUAUCUGUUCCACGUGGAGUACCAGACCAGGCGCGACUGCGUCCGAAUGCUGCGGGAUGUGCGGCAGCUGCGCGCGGCGGGCAACGUCGAGGGCCUGACGAACUACAUCGAGCACAUAAUGUCCAAAAUUAUUGACCUGAAGACGCACCGCACGCUGCCCUGGAAGUGGGAGUUCGUCAACGACGUGUAUAACACCCUGGCCCUGGCCCAUGUGGAUCAGUGUGCGUUGCCAGCGAACGUGGACUUUUUGAAUCCGAAGAACCGCCUGCUGCUGUACCUGCUGCAGCCAGAGCGGGCCAAGGACAUGACCGUUAGCUUCGGAGGACCCAAUCUCUACAUGGAAAUCAAAAAGGAGGAGGCGCGCCAAAAUCGAUCCAACCAGAAGAUGGAUCAGCUGGAAGAGCGUCUGCGCAACUCCCGCUACCCCAUCGAGCGGGCCUAUCUGCGCUUCGAGCUGGCCCGCGGACACUUCAAGGAGUUCCGCUUCGACAAGAGCCUGGUCCUGGCCCGCAGCGCCUUCAAUGAGGCCCGCAGCUGCAACAGCCUGAUCUGGCGCUACAACAGCAUCUUCCUGGUGUGCCAGGUGCACGCGGUCCUCAGUCGCUUCGAGCGCCUCAAGGAGUCCCUGGCGAAGGCCAGUCAGCUGGCCAAGGAACUAAAGUCCACCAAGCUGAUGGCCUACCUGGCCAUUUGCAACACAAUCAACGAAAACGACCUGAACCUGCGCAAGCUGCGCCACUCGGAGCAGUCCCUGCGGAGCAAGCCCCGCAAGCGGACCAUCAGUGCGGUGUCCUCGCUCCACUCCCUUAGCAACAACAAUGCCUACAGCUGAAGGAGCUCCAGCGGUUGCGCUUGGCUUUCAUCUAACUUUCAGUCUGAUUCCAAGAUGAGAGAGAGAGAGAGCCAAAGCAACUCCUGGAGCUUCUACUGCUUGACGACCAUUGCUUACGACCGGCCCAGCCCUGCCCUGCUUUGAACCGAGUGUUUAGGAUUUAAAUUAUGCUUUAUUCGCUUGAGUUUGGCUUUGAGUGUUCGUUUCAAUAAAUAAUAAAUACGUAUUAAUUA